ACGUGCACGAUCACCACACACCGAUUGAAUUAAAGUCAAGAUGGCGACCGAGGGCGAAUACGAGUCGAUCCUGUGUGUGAAACCUGACGUCAACGUUUACCGAAUCCCGCCGCGGGCAUCGAACCUGGGAGUCAGGGCUGCGGAUUGGAAGCUGGACGCCCCUGAUUGGACAGGCCGUAUGAGAGUGACGGCUCGGGGAAAAGUGGCUUUCAUCAAACUGGAGGACAAGAUCUCUGGGGAGCUGUUUGCACAGGCACCAGUGGACGAGUACCCUGGCAUCGCCAUAGAAACCGUCAGUGACUCCAGUCGUUACUUUGUGCUUCGGAUCCAGGAUGAGAGUGGUCGCAGUGCGUUCAUAGGCAUCGGGUUCGGGGACAGAGGAGACUCGUUUGACUUCAACGUGGCGCUGCAGGACCACUUUAAGUGGGUGAAACAGGAGCUUGAGAUCAGUAAGCAGUCUCAGACUCCAGACAACACUCCUAAACUGGACCUGGGUUUCAAAGAAGGACAGACCAUCACUCUCAAUAUCGGGCAAGGCAGAAAGAGAGACAAGUCCCGCCCCCAGAGCGCUGGUGGCUUUGGGCUCCUCCCUCCUCCCCCUGGCGGUGGAGGCACCAAGAUAGCCCCGUCCCCUAUGUCAAGCUCCUCCAAUGACAACGAAGGUUUAUUCUCAGGGGGAGACUUAUUCUCUGCGGGAAGUGACUCGUUUUCAGGGGGAAGUGACACAUUUUCAGGAGGAAACAACACAUUCUCAGCAGGAAGUGACAUGUUCUCAGGGGGAAGUAACACAGGCUGUUUGUUAGACCUGGACAGCAGUAACUCCAACUCUGUGGUGCAGCCGAACCCCAACCCUACAGGCGGCUCGGACAUGUGGGGAGACUUCUCUGCCCCAGAAAAGUCAAUGUCUCCUCUCGCCAACGAUGAUGGUUCCACCAACUGGCAGCAGUUCUGAGGUCGUCGCACAAUCUCUUUCACUUGACCUUCACCUGACCUUUAACCCCUGACCAGGGGAGGACUCCAGCAGAACACUGUAUAUUAUCACCUCAACCUCAGUGUACUCUUUCUCUCUCUCUCCCCCCUCUCUUUAUUUCUCUCUCUCUUUACCCCUCUCCUGGCUUCCUCUCCUUACCAUCCUCUCCUUCUACAUCUUUCCCUCUCAGCCCCAAAGUUACACUCUCUUCCCCCGUCCCCCUCUCCUUGCCCUUCUCUCCCUCUGUCUCUCUAUCUAUUGCAACAGAGUAUGUAUUUAUUACGGAGGGAAAAGACUGAGGUUAAAUGUCUCUAAAUGAAAGAUGUUACAGAAAGGAAUGAUGGUGGCUCACACUAAUAUAGUCUUGAUGAAUAAAUACAUUCAUUCAAGUUAUGUACAUAAUAUAUUAUUGUAAAUGUAUAUAGUGUCAGUAGUUUGUAAUUCCCAUUGUUGUUGUGGUAGUGUUGUAGCUAAUUUUCCUUUAGAAUCUCCAGUACAACUGGAAUUAUCGCCUGAAAUAACUGAUUUACAGGCUUGCCUGGAUGCAUUAGUAUAUGACCAAGUUAUCUUAUAUCUGAUCUAAGGUCAGUUUUGCAUUUUCCUCUUAAUUGCUAAGGUUAGGUCACGGUGAGUCUGGAGCUGUGCUUUGGAGCAGCUUCUGCUUUGAGUGGACACUGAUCUACUGUAAGUUUACACAGCAGUCAUGCUGUUUGGCGCCCUUUAGUGGGCUAUUGCGGUCCUACAACCACAGUCUGACAGGGAGAGUGGUGAGAUGCACAGCAGCAGCUGCUGUGGACAUUAUCACUGCUGGGGAUGAGCACUUGUCUGGGUCACUUGGCUGCAUUGUUUUAACAGGAGGCUGGUGUUAGUUGGUCAAUUAACACAGAAAUGGAGGGAGAGAGAGGAAAAAAGUGUGCUGAUUGAGGGAAGGGAAAGAUGGGUGGGGUCUGAGGAGGGAUGGAGGGUGAGGAAGGGCUUAAACCCAUGGGGUGAUAGACAGGCCUGAUUUAGGCCUUGUGAUGUAAACAGUCCCUAGGGGUUUCUGGGUAGUGAUGACUCAUUUAGGUCACGACUUUUGCCCUGCUGGAUGAAUAGCCCUGUGUGUGUACAUACAACUGUCUGUCCGUCCGUCCGUCUGUCUGUAUUCUAUACGUUGUACCCUGGAACUAACGUAACGCUGUCAAUGCAGUCAGACCAUUCCAGUCCUUGUGAGAUGCAAUGUUUUACUUUACUGUUGUGUUGUUAUUGUGAGAGAAAGGAUGGAGGGAGGGGUAAAGGGAUGGAUGGAGGGAGGGAUAGAGGGAUGGAUGGAUAGAU